AUGUGGUCCCAGAGGAACCAACCCCACACGAAAGUCAAUGUGGUUACAGAGGAACCAACCUCACUGAAAUUCUAUGUGGUCCCAGAGGAACCAACCUACACGAAAAGUCAAUGUGGUUACAGAGGAACCAACCUCACUGAAAUUCUAUGUGGUCCCAGAGGAACCAACCUCCACGAAAGUCAAUGUGGUUACAGAGGAACCAACCUCACUGAAGUUCUAUGUGGUCCCAGAGGAACCAACCUCCUGAAUUUCAAUGUGGUUACAGAGGAACUAACCUCACUGAAAUUCUAUGUUCCAGAGGAACCAACCUCACGAAGAUUUCCAUGUGGUCCCAGAGGAACCAACCUACACGAAAUUCAAUGUGGUUCCCAGAGGAACCAACCAACCUCACUGAAUUUCUAUGUGGUCCCAGAGGAACCAACCCACACGAAAGUCAAUGUGGUUACGGAGGAGCCAACCUCACUGAAAUUCUAUGUGGUCCCAGAGGAACCAACCUCCCCGAAAGUCAAUGUGGUUACAGAGGAACUAACCUCACUGAAAUUCUAUGUGGUCCCAGAGGAACCAACCUACACGAAAGUCAAUGUGGUUACAGAGGAACUAACCUCACUGAAAUUCUAUGUGGUCCCAGAGAACCAACUUCAGAGGAACCAACCUCAAUUUCUCUGUGGUCCCAGAGGAACCAACCCACACGAAAUUCAAUGUGGUUACAGAGGAACCAACCUCACUGAAUUUCUAUGUGGUCCCAGAGGAACCAACCCACACGAAAGUCAAUGUGAUUACAGAGGAACCAACCUCACUGAAAGGAACCAACCUCCCUUGAAAGUCAAUGUGGUUACAGAGGAACCAACCUCACUGAAUUUCUAUGUGGUCCCAGAGGAACCAACCCACACGAAAGUCAAUGUGGUUACAGAGGAACUAACCUCACUGAAAUUCUAUGUGGUCCCAGAGGAACCAACCUCCACUGAAAGUCAAUGUGGUUACAGAGGAACUAACCCACUGAAAUUCUAUGUGGUCCCAGAGGAACCAACCUCACUGAAUUUCUAUGGUCCCAGAGGAACCAAGUCAAUGAAAGUCAAUGUGGUUACAGGAACCAACCUCACUGAAAUUCUAUGUGGUCCCAGAGGAACCAACCCACACGAAAGUCAAUGUGGUUACAGAGGAACCAACCUCACUGAAAUUCUAUGUGGUCCCAGAGGAACCAACCUACGAAAGUCAAGAGGAACUAACCUCACUGAAAUUCUAUGUGGUCCCAGAGGAACCAACCUCCCGAAAGUCAAUGUGGUUACAGAGGAACCAACCUCACUGAAAUUCUAUGUGGUCCCAGAGGAACCAACCUCACUGAAUUUCAAUGUGGUUACAGAGGAACCAACCUCACUGAAAUUCUAUGUGGUCCCAGAGGAACCAACCUCACUGAAGUUCUAUGUGGUCCCAGAGGAACCAACCCACACGAAAUUCAAUGUGGUCCCAGAGGAACCAACCUCACUGAAUUUCUAUGUUGGUCCCAGAGGAACCAACCCACACGAAAGUCAAUGUGGUUACAGAGGAACCAACCUCACUGAAAUUCUAUGUGGUCCCAGAGGAACCAACCUCACUGAAAGUCAAUGUGGUUACAGAGGAACCAACCUCACUGAAAGUUCUAUGUGGUCCCAGAGGAACCAACCUCACACGAAAUUCAAUGUGGUUACAGAGGAACCAACCUCACUGAAGUUCUAUGUGGUCCCAGAGGAACCAACCUACACAAAAGUCAAUGUGGUUACAGAGGAACCAACCUCACUGAAAUUCUAUGUGGUCCCAGAGGAACCAACCUCACUGACUGAAUUUCUAUGUGAGGAGGAACUAACCUCACUGAAGUUCUAUGUGGUCCCAGAGGAACCAACCCACACGAAAGUCAAUGUGGUUACAGAGGAACCAACCUCACUGAAAUUCUAUGUGGUCCCAGAGGAACCAACCUACAAAAUUUCAAUGUAUUACAGAGGAACUAACCUCAAUGAGUUUUAUGUGGUCCCAGAGGAACCAACCUCACUGAAAUUCUAUGUGGUUCCCAGAGGAACCAACCUACUGAAAAGUCAAUGUGGUCCCAGAGGAACUAACCUCACUGAAGAGGAAUGUGGUCCCAGAGGAACCAACCUACACGAAAGUCAAUGUGGUUACAGAGGAACUAACCUCACUGAAGUUCUAUGUGGUCCCAGAGGAACCAACCUACACGAAAGUCAAUGUGGUUACAGAGGAACCAACCUCACUGAAAUUCUAUGUGGUCCCAGAGGAACCAACCUCACUGAAGUUCUAUGUGGUCCCAGAAAGUCGAAAGUGUGGUUACAGAGGAACUAA